AGCAGCGGGGGUGGGCGACACUGCGGAGCGUGUCUCGCAGACCGGGUGUGGAGGGCGCACCAGCCACGCAGUGGGUCUGCUGAGUGUGGGCUGACGUUGGACUGGAACAUCGGCUGUUGGAUCUGGGCACGUGAGCGGCGGCUACCCUGCGAUCCAUCAUGACCGCGCCCACGCUGGAGUCGCAGUUCAAGAAGUUCUGCGGCUUCGGCAUCACCCACAGUCAGGCGUCGGCGUCGCCGGUGACGCAGAUCACGCUCUCCAACAUCGACAAGUGGUUCAAACAGGCGGGCGUGUUCACCAAGAGCCUCACCACCACGGACACUGGCAUCCACUUUGGGAAGCUCAAGCAGAAGAAGGUCGGCUUGAAAGACUUCAAGACAUUUCUGGCUGACCUAGCAGCGACCAAGAAGGUGGACCUGGACGAAAUACAGACCAAACUGACCGACUGCGGUGAUCCAGGAACAAAGGGAGCCACGAAGGCGGUCACUACCGGAGCGGUGGGCCGCCUGACCGACACCAGCCGCUACACCGGCCAGCACAAGGAGCGCUUCGACGAGACGGGCAAGGGCCGCGGCAUCGCCGGACGCGAGGACGUCCACGGCAACGACGGCUACGUCCAAGGCUACAAGGAGAAGGACUCUUACGACAAGACACACUGAGCGGCGGCGGCGGGGCGGCGCCGGGCGGCCGCGCGUCAGGCGGGUUAGGUCGACUCCUCGCUGGUCUCGUGAUGAGGUCGUGCUGGUUCUGGCGCGCCGCUCGAUGUCAAUUGGUGCGUGCGGCUGCUGACUGAUUGCAGACUAUCGUCGCUCGUCUGUGGUGCUAAGAUUGUGUAGCGCGGGGCCAAAUGUGACCUCUCGUUAGCGAACUCGUGAUUUUUCUGCCUUCAUGUCCUGUCCGCCUUCGUAGAGUCGUGGCUUGGCGCUUUUCGUGCUGCCGGCAGCCGUGCUCUGUGCCAGGAGCGCCGACAGCAUUCAGCGCCUGAGGGUCAGCCGGUGAUCUGGCAAGGCCAAACCGAUACCCGAGAGGGGCACACCGGUCAUUUGGGCCCAAGCACUUGCAGCAGGAAGGUCAACGCUGCCCCCGGACACCCUUGCGAGUCCUACGUCCCCAUUAGCAACGGCCUUGCUGAGUGCCUGAUUCGCAUUUGCACAGCACCUGCAUCCACAGAACCUGCAACGUAGUGUGUCUGUGGUCACGUGUCUUGAAACGACGGGCGACUGAACCGAACGCAGCAUAGCGCAGCGUCGCUAUCGGUAUCGAAAUGGUAGCCGUCACAGGCCUUGCUGAAAUAAAAGCCAGACAAGUG